UUUCUCGAGUACCGGCAAAAGUUAAAACUGUAGGGAAGGUAUCCUCGAGCUCCCCCUUCCAUUGCAAUUACGCGUCGGACGGUCGGACCUCCGUGCUGUGUUGUUGACACCCACCAACCCGAUCAUUUACUAAGAAUAUGGCGGGCCAGAAACGUGCUCUAGAAGAUAACUCAUCCCGCAAUGUCAAAAAAAGCAAACUCGCGAAGGACAGGUCAACAGAUGUCCCGGAAACACCUGUCCAAUUGGUAUCAAAUCUCAUGAAUGAGGAGGUCGAUUUUCCACGAGGAGGUGGAACUAGCUUAACAGCUGCAGAAGUCAAAGCUAUCCGAGCUGAAGCUACACAAGAAGCAAACGAGGAGCUAUUUACUGCGCCUGGCAAGUCUCAAAAAAAGAAGAGUAGAUCUGAUGCCAAAAGCAAGGCGAGUAUUACACCGAAGAAAGAUGUAAUUCGCAUCGAACAUCUCAAUUACAAGCGCGUAGUUCCUGGUAUGAAAUUACUUGGCCAAAUCGCAUCAAUACAACCACUGGCUCUCAUUAUAUCCCUGCCGAACCAACUCAUGGGUCACGUUCCCAUCACACAGGUUACCUCCCAGUUGACUAGUCGUCUCGAAUCAAUGCAUGAACAAGAAGAGCCUUCAGAUACCGAAUCUGUUGACGACGAGGAAUCCGAUUCUCAGACGGAAGUGCCCGAUUUGUUUCAACUCUUCCGUGCGGGACAAUACGUCCGCGCAGUUGUAACCAAUGUACAUGCAUCGGGAUCUACGGACGUUUCUGCCAUCGGAAAAUUAAGGGAUGAAGCUGUGAAAGCUAGUCGUCGCAUUGAGUUGAGUCUUGUACCCAAGGCAGUAAACUCCGGAGUCCUUAAAACAGAUCUCAAACCUGGCUUUACACUCUCAGCGGCUGUUCAAAGUGUAGAAGACCAUGGGUACAUUCUUGACAUCGGCGUUCAGGGCUCCUCUGGUUUUCUAUCCUUCAAAGAGGCCAAAAAAGGUAGUUUUGACAGUUCAAAGCUUCAUGUUGGCCAACUGCUCGACAUUGCGGUCGUGAAGAUGUCUAGCAACGAGAGAAUAUGCACAGCUUCGGUCGAUCCUCGAGGCAUACAAUCAUCUUCAAUCACAGAAGUCAGCAAUGUGACCUCUGUAUUGCCUGGAAUACUGGCUCAAGCAUUGAUCACCGCUAUUUCACCAGGUGGUCUCAAGCUACAGAUGCUUGGCUUCUUUGACGCGACAGCUGACGAGUUUAACGUGCCCACUAACCCUGCCAAAGCAUUCAAGAUUGGACAGAAAGUGAAGGCCCGAAUACUGUACGAAAUUGCCGGAAGCUCACCCCCGAAGUUUUCCGUAUCGCUCUUGGAUCACAUUGUCAACCUGAAAGAAAAACUCUCCAUCAAUGGUGUCUCGGAGAAUGCCGCCAUUCACUUGGUGUAUCCCAUUGGCACGAUCCUGGAUGCCGUUACUGUGAAACGCAUAGAGCCGGAACGAGGACUCGUUGUGGAAGUGCAACCCCACCUUGAUGGAUUCAUUCAUAUAUCUCACACGUCUGAUGGUCAUGUUCCAACGCUCUCUUCCUCCUCGGGCCCAUGGAGAUUGAACACCAUCCAUAGAGCGCGUGUCGUAGGCUAUUAUCCGUUGGACGGGCUACUGCAGCUCUCUCUCCGACCCUCAAUUUUAGAUCAAAGGUUCCUUCAAGCAGGCGAUUUACAGGUCGGAGAGGUCCUGAAAGGCACUGUUAAACGCCUUACCGAUUCCGCCCUAUUCGUGUCAAUAUCUUGUAACGCGGACGGUGUCAUAUGGCCAAUUCACUACGCAGAUAUACCGCUCAAGCAUCCAUCAAAAAGAUUCAAGGCCGGAGGCAGCAUAAAAUGUCGGGUUCUUGCCGUCGACCCCCAACGCAUGAGAGUUGAGCUGACUGCCAAAAAGACGUUGAUUGAAUCUACACUGCCAGUCCUGACCUGCAUCGAGGAGGCGAAGGUCGGGAUGAUCACAGAUGCAGUAGUGUACCGAGUUGUGGACAAGGGCUUGAUUGUCCAAUUUUAUAACGAUCUCAAAGCAUUUGUGCCGUCUCGCGAAGCAAGUGACUAUUCAAGCAAACUGAAGGACAUGUUUGUUGCGGGCAAAGUUGUCAAAGUACGAAUUCUAACCGUUGACCUAAAUCCCCCUCGAGUUGUCGCAAGCAUUCGUCAGGCGUCAUCAUCAAAAGCUGCCAAGGUGACCGAUAGCAGCGACAUUACAAAAAGUGCUGUCGCAGAGGGUGUGGUAGCGGUCCACAAAACAACAGCUGCUCCGUCACUGCGCCCGUCUCAUGCUCGCGAGCCCGUCCCUUCAAAAGCAAUGGCUAGCAUACGUAGUAGCCCACCGCCACAAAAGAAGGCUGCGCCCACCCAGUCGCAGUCGACGCCGAGAUCCCCUACUCUUAAACAGGCUGCGCCUCUGAAAGUCGAAGGGUUUUCUUGGUUCUCCAAUGCCGCUAGGUCUGAUGCGGAAUCUGACGAAGCAUCUUCCGACAACGAAGGCAGUGAAGAGGAUGAGUCUAGCAAAAAGAAGAAAAGGCGCAAGAAGAAAGAGAUUGAGCAGGAUCUCACUGCUGACAUGCACUCGAAGCUUCCAGAGUCGAAUGCUGACUUUGAGCGGCUUCUCCUGGGCUCCCCAAAUUCAUCAUACUUGUGGGUGCAGUACAUGUCUUUCCUCCUCCAACUAUCCGAAAUCGAUAAAGCGCGGGAGACUGGUCGACGAGCAAUUCAGACCAUCAGUUUCAGGGAGGAGGAAGAGCGGCUCAAUGUUUGGAUUGCUUUACUGAACAUUGAGAAUGUCUAUGGCACCGAUGAGUCGCUGGAGGCCGUCUUCAAAGAUGCUGCCCGGCAUAAUGACUCCAAGACCGUCCAUCUCCGCCUGGCGGCCAUCCUAGAUCAGAGCGAGAAGCACGAGAAAGCAGAGGAUCAGCACAAUCGGACCUGUAAGAAGUUCGGCCACAGUUCGAAAGUUUGGACUCUGUUUUGCGAACAUUAUUUGCGUCGUGGAAACUUGGAGCAGGCACGCAAACUGCUUCCGCGUUCACUGCAAAGCUUAGAAAAGCGCAAGCACUUGAAGACAAUAUCAAAAUUUGCUCAGCUAGAAUAUAAACUCGGCGAUGCGGAACGCGGCAAGACUAUAUUCGAAGGGAUCGUAGACUCUCAUCCGAAACGCUGGGACCUAUGGUCGAUUUAUAUGGAUAUGGAGGCAGGGCAAGGUGAUAUUCAAUCGUUAAGAAACAUCUUCAAUCGUGUGUUUGCCAUUAAAAUGACUAGCCAUAAGGCAAAGUCAUUUUUCAAGAAGUGGCUUGAACUGGAGCGGAAGAUUGGGGACGAAGAAGGUGCAUCGGCUGUCAAACAGAAGGCAGUUGAAUGGACACAAAAAGCUGCAUCUGGACCACAAUGAGCCAGACUCGGGAUAUCGCAAAAGUUGAUGCAUGUCACAAUAUAUAUGGAGAAUGUCGAACAGCGAGGAAGCAACGAAGUAACGUAAAAG